CGUCGAUCGGGUCCUGAGGAAUACGCCGGACCCGAAGGUGAAGCAGAGCCCGGGAGUGUACGUUGGUAUCGCAGGUCAGGAUCCGUAUGCUCACCAUCCCUCGCACGUCGUUGACGGCAGUCGCUCAAGGUACUAUACUCAUGAACAUGCACCUCCGCGCACUGCCCCGAGAGCUCAAGCUCGGGCACACGCAUGAGGACCUCUUGUCUUUCAACGAUGCCUAUCUCGCCUCCGCACUCAAGCUCUUCCCGACCGCUUUGACCAAACCCACCUCCCCCUCGCGCUGUUCCUUCCUAGAGACACCCAUCGGCCUCGCCACCCUCAUCGUUGAGCACGCCCACGACGAGAGCCUUCCCUGGCGCGCCGCGCUCGACCUUAUCCGCGGCGCCGUCCAUGACGUUCUCGUGGAGUCGUCUAUCGCGGACGAUGACGGCUGCGAAGUGCUCUACGGGCGCGCAGGCCUGCUCUACGCGCUGAUUCGCCUCCGAUUGCUCUUCGAGAACGCGUCGGUGACGCCGGUCUCGCGCGCGGUGCACGAUGCGCAGAUCACCGCGGACAGCACGCUCGAGCGGAUCAUGGACUCCAUCCUCGCGCACGGGCGGUACGGCGCGAAGACGUACGCGGCCGAGGUCUCGUCUGCCGCCGCGCCGCCCCUGAUGUGGUCGUGGUGCGGGAAGCGCUAUCUCGGUGGCGCGCACGGCGUGGCCGGCAUUCUCCAUAUGCUUCUCCAGUGCCCGCCGCACCUCCUUUCGCCUGACGCUUGCGCCGACGUGUGGGCGACCAUCGCCUGGUUGCUCCGUCUGCAGGAUAAAGACGGUAACUGGCGGACCAAAGCACCCAACCUCGACGCCGCAUUCGACAAGAACGAGCUCAUCCAGUGGUGUCACGGCGCGCCAGGCAUCUUGAUGCUGCUCUGCCGUUCUCUUCGCCAUCCAUCCGCGAGCCGGUACAAUCACAUACUGCCGGAGCUCACGCAUGCGAUAGACAAGGCGACGUCGCUGAUCUAUCGCCAUGGGCUGCUGAGGAAGGGCUUGGGAGCAUGUCACGGCGUUGCGGGCUCUGUCUUCGCGCUCUUGACCUGCGCAAGGCUGUACCUCCACCCUCCACCUGCGUGGACGAAAGGCAAGACCCCAGCCUACGCUAGCCACACCCGCGUCGACAGCGGCGAUCUCAGCGACGGCAGUGCCUCGCCAACGCCACGGACUUCGCCUACCACGCCGCCCACCGCCACCUUCGCCGCCGCUACGCACACUCCCCUCCCCACGCCGCUUGCCACCCUCGCCGACCAUCCGUCCCUACUCUCUUCGCCGCUCCCGACGCCCAUUAUCGGGGAGUUGGACGACCUGGAGGCGAAGGGACGCAAAGCUCUCUACCGGGCCGUCCAUCUCGCGCACCUGGUGCUCUCGCCGGAGGUGUUCGCGAAGAUGUUUGUGCCCGAUCGCCCACAUAGCCUGUACGAAGGGCUAGCGGGUAUGUGCUGCGCGUGGGCGGCAGUGUUGGCCGCUCUGAGAGGGUGCGGGGCGAAGGAGGGGUGUUGGGGGAUGCCUGGAUAUGAUGAUUUGAUGUUAUGAGAGGUGGGAGGUGGGGGGUCGGCAGGGAAGCCUUGGACGGUUGGACGCUGAGUACUUAGGACCGCACUGAAUUGACUUGAUACGGAACCAUUUGGGGUUGGAUGCCCGGCUGACAUACACUUUGAUGAUACUCACAGUCGACAUACACUUUGGGACCUUGUGGACAUGAUGGCGAUACUCACCUCGCAAUAUAGGAAUGUACACUAGUAGCUACUUACGAUACAUAGAUGAUAGAACCGACGUGCCCGGGAAAUAAUUGAUGAUCUGGAUCGCCGCCUUCUAUGGCAAACAUGAACAUCGUUUGUUUGCCCUGGGAGGAAACGCGAUCAAACACUUGCCUUGACC